AUAUAUAUGGAGGUGGGAACCUUGAAAACCACUUAGUGAGAGAGAGAGAGAAACACAACAUCAAUAACAAUCACAAAACCACAAAGCUUUCUAGAUAGAGAAACAGAAAGAAAAACCCACUGUCUAUCUGUGUGAGAGAAAGUAAAUAUAGUAGGCAUGAAAUUCACAACAAAAACCAAAGAAAACAAUAACAACACCAACAAUAGCAGCAUUAGUAAAGAAAGUUGGGGUAUGGGUUUUUUCUUCAUAUUUUUCCCAGAAGAAGAUGAUAACAAUAUCAACAACAACAACAAUAUUCACAACAAAAAACACAACUUUUCUUUGUCUUCAUCAUCAUAUUCUCCAUCAUUUAAAUCCAUUAACACAAUCCUCAAGCGUUCCAAUUCAUCUCAUCUUCUUUCCAAAGCACAAUCAACAAUUUCAAUUUGCGCACUUUUAAUAUUCAUCACACUUCUCCUCUUCACUCUCUCAACUUUCGAACCCACAAAUACCAUACAAUAUCACAAACAAAAACACCCACUCCCGACCCGACCCGUUUCGACCCGACAAAAACCGUUGGUGUUCUUCCCACAUGCAUUGCAAGGUAUGGGUUCGUUGUAUAGAAGAGGAACAAGAGCCAUGCAAGACGUCAUUGUCGCACACGUGACCGAAUCUGUAACGGUAAAAGAACUGAAGUACUUCCUUCGUUUGGUGCACAGAACUGGAUCCACUUGUAAAUCCGACAUUGUAUUUAUAUUUUCAUCCAGAACCAGUUCGUUCGACAACGUCACUGUCGCAGAGAACAACUCUUUCUUGAAGCUCCUCAAGAAUUAUACCUCGAAUUUCGACCCGGCCAGUUCCUACCCGACCCUGUUUGACCCGACCCGCUUUGUGAUUUCGGGUCUGAAAGAGAAGGAAAGUGGAGAACCAAUAUGGGGUAGGAAAAUUCGGAGCAGUAAUAAUAACAGUAACGGGAACGUGACCGAGUUGACUCAUCACGAGUCGACUCGGUUGAGUUAUGGCUCGGUGGUGAGUUUUGAUGUAGGCGAACUCGAUACCGAGAACUCGUUAUCGGGUUUUUUAGAACAUGUUCCAAUGAGUUUGAGAAGAUGGGCUUGUUACCCGAUGUUAUUGGGCCGGGUACGAAGGAAUUACAAGCACGUAAUGUUAGUGGACGUAAAGGAAUUUAUCGUACUGGGUGACUCACUGAGUCAACUCAAGAAUCAUAGUCCUGAAUCCGUUAUAUUAACAACAAUUCCUAGUAAGAGAAAGAAUUCCGAGAAAAGACAAAUUAACCCGGGCAUUGUUUUUGGUGGGGCCCGAGGAGUACGUAGACUCGCGAACGCGAUGUUAACGGAGAUUGUUCGGGUUAUAAUGCAACAUAAAAGGAGAAACUUGGUAUCAGAGUCGGUACUGUUUAAUCAACUUGUUGGGAAUGAGUUUAUAUUGAAGAAUGUGAAUUUGAUCGUAUCGGGUGAGUCAAUUCAUGAACUGAGUUCACUCACUGGGUUAUUGAACUCGAAAUCGGGUUCUAAUUCGUUUAAUACUUCGAAAUUUCCAAUUAUUAGGCGUGGAAAUAGUAAUUUAGAUGUUAGUUAUGUUUUUAAGAAGUAUUUGUGUUCUUCUCCUUUGGAUUCUAUAGCUUAUAGUGAUUGUUAGUUAGUUAAGAAAAAAAAGAAAAUCACAGGUUUAUAUAUUUUUUUGGGAGUUUUUGUAGUGUUUUUUUGUUCAUAAUACAAUUUGUUCAUUAGUAUUUUGAUUUUGG